AUGCCCACCACCACUUUGCUUGGAGGUUCAGGGGCAACACGCUCCCACAAGAAUCCCGCUGCCGGUGGUGCCGUGCGCCACAUGAGAUGGACUCAAAAAAUAAAUGAUUGCAUGCCAAUGGAGUUAAAAUUUUAUUUUCCUGACUUGCCUAGUGGCCCAUUAGACGCUUAUAGGAAAAAAGCAACUUUUAAUUGGCGUCUUAUGAAGCUUGCUUACGAUAACUUGACGACGAUUAAAUUAAAACAUGACAUAUACAGUUUUAUGGAGAAGCAUCCACUUUUUCAAUACUCCGAUACCUCCCUGUCUCUUGAUGAAGAGAGGCAUAUAACUGUGAAGCGUAUGUAUGCUUUAUUCAAUGCGAAUUUCGUACCCUUCGAAAAGAUUGUAGAAGAACCAAGAAUACUACAAGCAGACACAGAAGCAAUGUUUAUGUACGACAGUUCCCUAGCUGUUAAACUGUCUUUAACAUUUCGUAUGUUUGCAAACACGAUACAAGGAAGUGGUAAACCUCAUCACUAUCAUUUUGUUGAAGAUGUGCAAAAUGGUAAAAUCGGUGGAAGUUUCGCUCUAACUGAAGUAUCUCAUGGUUCUAACGCUAAGGGCAUGAGAACAACUGCGACGUAUGUCCCAGAAAAGAAACAGUUCGUUAUACACUCUGCUGAUUUUGAAGCGGCUAAGUUCUGGGUCGGAAAUAUGGGAAAAUGCGCGACUCACGCCAUUGUAUACGCUAUGCUGAUAUCCAAAGGAAAAAAUCAUGGCUUGCACGCGUUUGUGGUACCUCUCAGAGAUACGAAGACCUUAAAACCGUUCCCUGGAGUCAUUGUGGGCGAUAUCGGAGAGAAGGUUGGCUUAAAUGGUAUUGAUAACGGAUUUGUUAUGUUCAACAAUUACCAUAUCCCAAAGGAGAAUGCCCUUGACAAGUUGGGCGGAGUGGAUGACAAUGGUGACUAUCAAACAGCGUACAGAGACCCCAAUAAGAGAUUUGGUGCCUCUUUGGGUAUUUUAUCAGGUGGCAGAGUAAAUAUUGCAGGAAUAUCGACCAAUUACCUCCAGAAAGCUAUAGUAAUAGCAGUCAGAUACUCAGCUGUGAGAAAACAGUUUGGUGCACAAAAUGCCGUUGAAGAAACUCCUGUUUUGGAGUAUCAACAGCAGCAAAUUCGCUUGCUGCCGUAUCUAGCGGCGACGUACGCCUUUCGGAUCUUCUGUUCGUGGUUCAGCGCUGUACACAUCAACAUGACUAUAGAUAAAUAUGCUGGUAAGGAAGGCGACGCGGCUCUAGGUAUGGAGUUGCACGCCUUAUCAUCAUCCGCCAAGCCAAUGUGUUCCUGGGUGGUGAGAGACGGCAUACAGAACUGUAGGGAGGCUUGCGGUGGACAUGGGUACUUGAAAGCUUCAGGUCUAGGCGACCUUCGUAACGACAACGACGCUAACUGUACAUAUGAGGGCGAGAACAGUUUACUGCUGCAGCAAGCCAGCAACUAUUUACUGACUGCCUGGGGAAGGAGACACAAGCUAUCUGAUGAUGAUACACCUCUGGGAUCCCUGAAGUUCCUCCUGAACGCUGAUGAGCUCCUGAAGACCACUUGCCCCUGGAAAAGUCAAGAACAACUUGUAGAUCCGUAUAAUCUAACUCAAAUGUACAAAUGGUUAACCGCAUACGUCCUGAAGAUGACAUAUGAAAAAGUUUCAAAACUGAAGCAAGAAGGCAAAGAUAAUUUGCAAGCGAAGAACGAAUCACAGUCGUAUAACGCCGUGACGUUGUCUAUUGUAUAUGGAGAGAAUUACAUUCUAAACCACUUCUAUAAUACGGCGAAGAAUUUCGAAGACGUAUCUUGUAGACGAGUUUUAUUGAAACUGGUCUCAUUGUUCGGAGCGUUCCUUCUAGAGAAGCAUAUGGCGACUUUGUACAUUGGUGGUUACUUCACCCUGGACCAAGGGUUUCACCUUCGUGAAGGUAUUCUCAGAUUAUGCUCAGAGAUAACACCAGAAGCUGUCGCUCUAGCGGACACGUUGGCCCCACCUGACUUCUGCAUGAAAUCCGUGCUUGGAUUGUCCGAUGGAGAGGUAUACAAACACAUUCAGAACAAAGUGAUGACGUACCCGGGCGCUUUGUCCCGCCCUCACUGGUGGAAAGACGUCGUCUACUGGCAGAGCUACGUCGACAGCAAACUUUAAAUAAUUUACCAAGUAAACUAUUGGGGUAUAGUUAUAUUAAUUCAAGUUACAAUCACUAAUUCUUGGCAUCUUGGAGUGAUGAGAUUUGAUAAUAUAUUUAACUAGCUGACCUGAAGAACUCCAUACCCCUAUAUUUUUUCGUCAAUAUAUCAUUAU